AUGACGGAAAAGGAAGACUUUAACCGACAAAUGUGCAAAUUCGAUCCGUUAAACCGGAUCAUGCAAAUAAAUAUCUGUUUGGAUUCCUUCCUCGUGAAGAUCUCCCAUGUGGGAGAUUUCAUAGUUCGAAUUACUCAACUGAAAACCGGUGAUCCAUGCGAACUUAUUUUGUCUCUGCGUGUUUCUCACCAAAAUUCACCAUCUGCAAUUAGACAUGUAAUAAUACAUAGGCUGAAAAGGAAAGAUGGCAAAAUUGAAUGGUUGACAACUCAAGAAAAUAGAUUUAAUUCUCUUAAAGAACUCAUUGACGCAUAUGUCUGCAGCAAGAAACCAAUCAAUCCUGAGAUAAAAACAUCUCAGUUAAUUCGUCCAGUUUCACGACAAACAUGGGAAUUUUUACAUGAAAAUAUUAUACUAAAAAAUAUGCUUGGAGAAGGACAGUUUGGUGAAGUUCACGCAGGUGAAGCAGUAAUUGAUGGUAAAAAAGUGCCAGUGGCUGUCAAAAUUGCAAAAACAAUUAAGGAUAAAAAGAACAUACAACAGGCCAAGGAAAAAAUAAAAGAGAUGAUGCAUGAAGCAAGACUAAUGCGAUAUUUUAAUCAUGAAAAUGUUGUGAAAAUUCUUGGAGUUGCUGUUUGCCGUGAACCAUUGAUGAUCAUCAUUGAAAUGGUGAAUGGUGGUUGCUUGUCAGAUGUACUGGAAUCUCGGAAAGGGAAUGUUGAUGAGGAUGAAAAAAUUGAAAACAUGUCACUAGGCUCAGCUCGUGGUCUUGAAUAUAUCCACGCACAAAAAAUCAUUCAUCGGGAUAUUGCGGCUCGUAAUGUGUUGUAUACGAAGAAUCGGGUAGCGAAAAUUAGUGAUUUCGGAAUGUCAAGGCAUGGUGAUUUUUAUGAGAUGUCAAGAGGGAACAAAAAAGUGCCAUUGAGAUGGACGGCACCGGAAAGUAUGGUAGCAUAUCAGUAUACACCGAAAACGGAUGUCUUCUCGUUUAGUAUUCUGCUAUGGGAAAUUUUUUCGGAUGGCGACGAACCGUACAAAGGGAUGACAAGUAUUGAAGUAAAACGAAUGAUCUCAUGCGGCGAGCGUUUGAAAAAACCGGAAGGAUGUCCAGAUUCCAUAUUUCAAAUAAUGAGGAAAUGUUGGGAGCAAAAUCCGGAUAAUCGAUUCUCCAUGUCAGAGGUUGUAAAACAAAUUGAAGAUGUAAUAGAACAUGCACAUUCGGAAGAAUCUGAAGUUCAAUCAAGGUUAAAUACUGCUGUACAUUCUGCAGAGAAAGCUAGUUCGAAAGAUGACCUGGAUGACUUGAAUGAACCCUCACGGAUUUUAAUUUCUCAGCUAAUGUUUUAUAUUUUAAAAGUAAAUUUUCCAGACCAAGAGAAAGCAAAAGAAGCAUCAUAG